AUGUCGACGAAAAGGAACGCGGGUUUACACCCAGAAUCGCUCUCGUUGUUGCGUUCCAUCGAGAACGACAACAUGAACAGAAGAAACUCUACUCCCGAUCGAGCGGGGAAAACCACCGGAGGCACGACGCUUGUCAAGCUUUUCGGCGGCUUCGGGGUCGCGUCGCUCGCGAUCGCCAGUUACGUUUCCGGGUACAAGAGCACGUCCAGAGAGUUACUCUCUCUCGGUGAGAAUAAAAGUGCGAAGAAUAAGGUGGUGUUGCACACCGGGUGUUCGCCAGUCGCGCAGUUACUGGUGGACACGUUCGAAGUGGAAGACUUGGCGGAUUGGGGCGAAGUCGUCGGCGCUCGUGUCUCCAUCCACGGGUUAACCGGCCACACGAUGACGCACGGCGGGUGCGGUCGGUACGAGAUCGAACAAGACGAAGACGUGCAGUUUCACCACGACGGGCCGUUUGAAUUUACGUUGUUCGCGAACAAUCCAGCGGAUGAAGUUUCGGUGAAGGAAAGAAACGCGAACGUGACCAUGCACAUGACGGAGUGCACGAAAGAGUUUUCGUACGACGGGCAAAAGGUCAUGCAGAGAGUGUUCGAUCGAGACGGGGACAGACACUUUGUGUUUGGGUCGUGCGAUCAUCACUGCCCGGGAUUUUACGAAGACGUGUUGACGCACUACGGGACGGCGUGUCCGGUGGAUGAGAAGAGCGCUGAAACGGUUUUACCAGCGAAUUCGACCGAAGGGUCAGAUGCGGGGAAGUGUUCCCCGGGGUCGUUUACGAACACCAACGGCGAGUGCGAGGAGUGCCCGAUUGGAACGUACACCGACGAGAGAGGGUCGACGACGUGUAAGAGAUGCCAACCGGGGCAGUUUAACCCGUUCCCGGAGGCGCAAGGGUGCAUGGCGUGCCCGGAUGGGUACUUCCAACCGAACUGGGGGCAACAGUAUUGCGUCGCCUGCGACGGCGACGCCGCUUUGGGGAAGAAAGAGUUUGCUUUGCAAGGCGCCUCGAAGAGAAAGUUGUUGGGCGGCUGGUGGGGCCCCGCAGAAGAUGAGGACAGCGACGACGCGGAAGACGUGGAAAUGAACCACGAGCAGUAUCACAAAAUCGGCGCGACGUCGUUGGAUCAGUGCGGUGCGCCGGCGGUGCAACAAAGUGCCGACGAGUACGAGAAAACGCAAGAGCAUGAAAACGACCCGACCUUUGACGCGACGCCGGGAAGCUCGAACGAACCCGUCAACGACGGUCCGAACGGACCGGCGGCGACGCCGGUGUUGACUGGGAGAACCGAUAAGCUUGGUCACUGCGUGUGCCCAGGUACGAAACCGAAACCGAAGCCUGUCGAUGCCUCCGGAUCAUCUCCUUCGCCGACCUCGUCGUCUUCUUCGUCUGAAGUUGAAGUGAACCCGGUGACGCACGUCGUCGCGGGCCAACCGUGCGGACCGUGCGCACCUGUGGUCACACCAACACCGGUGACGACGACGCCGACGACGACGGUUGAAGAAGAGAAGAAAGAUGAAGAGAAAGAAGAUGCGUCUACCGAUGUCAAUUCUUCGCCGAUUGAAGAUUCCACGGCGACUACGAACACGAACGACGACGGCGAUUCGGCGGCUCCGGAGGUGCAAGAUGAAACGAACCAAGAACCGAUUGAAACUUCCGCGGCGUCGGAGGAAGAGCCAACACCUACUCCGGAAGGUCCAGUGACGACUGGUCCGGCCUCUCAAGGUCCUGGCCCGGAAGUAGAUGGGAACAACAACAACAAUAACAGCGAUGCACCGCCGCAAGAACAAGAAGAAGAAGAACAAAACGAUACGACAACUGACAUCACGACGCAAGAAGAGAACGACGAUGAUGAGCAAACUCCGCCGCACCAACCCAAUGCUGAACAACCUACGUCGGCGACCAUUACCUCCGCCUCCACUUCCGCCGCGGACGCCGCGAACACGACGCUCCCGGCGGCGGACACUCUCUCGAGCGGCGAAACCGUCUUGGAACAAGAAACAAAAACCAGCACUGGUUCCAUCAUCAACGUCGAAACUCAAUACACCGCCGACGGUGAAAUGAUCAAAGUUACUACGGUUACCAACCCGUCCGGCGCGUCGGCGACGACCGUCAUGCACGUCGAAAACGCCACCCUCCCGUUGGCCACGUGCGACGAGAUUGAACACGGCGAGUUCGGCGUCGGCUACCGAGGAUGCCAAGACAAAACCAGAGACGGUCAGCAGUGCAUCGACUGGAAAGACCAGUACAUCGCAGAUGGCGAAAAACCGUACACGCACAGCAACUAUCCUCUCGGCAUCGAAGAAAACCCGGGGAACAUGUGCAGAAAUCCCGCGGACGACAAGAGCGGCAUCUGGUGCUUCACCGGUACCGACGGCAGCUGGCAAGUCUGCUCGCCGCUCAUGCAAGCCGAGGCGGAUUAA